ACCACCUAGGAGACACCUGGCCUCAUCGCUUUAGAAAACGUAUUAGAUUUAUAUAGAAGAAGGGAUACACGGCACAACCUCCCGUAGGAAAGUAAAAAAUUAGAAGAAAAAAGGAAAAAAAGAGAUCAAAUUUGUUCAUUCUCUCCCAAAAUUCCCUUCUUUUUCUUCUCAAUUCCUUUGGAACAUCUCAGUGCCCCCAAAUUCAUAUUCCGUUUUUCUAAGACAAUAGAGCUCUGAUCAGACACCCACUUUCUAUCUCUUUCCAAACUGAUCUACAAUUUUCUGUUUUGAAUAAGAAAAAGGUGAAAUUCUGUGCAAUUGUUGACGGAUGCAGAUGGCUUUUGAGGAAUCCUGGGUUUCUCUGAUAUUUGAUCAAGUUUAAUGGUCAAUUGGAUAUUCCGAUGGAUGUGAUGAUCUGGGUAUGCUAAAAGGAUCGACUUUCUGGGUUCAGUCUAUGUUUGAGAGUUGAAGUUUGCUGAUCAAUACAUAUUUCAAGCAAUUUUCAUAUAUUCGUCUACCAUAUUUGGGCACUGCAAACUGCGGCAUUGCCCAUGGACGCCACAACUAGUGGAACCCCAACUAUUCAAUACCAUAACAUUCCCGAUCAGCCAAUUACUGCUAUUGUUGCCACAUCGGUACCGGCAUUUCAACGACAGCAACGCCAUUGCUUUGGGGAUUCCAUACCAGGAGAAUUCCCCUUGUCUGCCAAUCCCUCCAUUGUUCUUCAUGUCCUUACAGCAUGUCAUUUGGAUCCUCAAGAUCUUGCAAAACUAGAGGCAACAUGCUCCUUCUUUAGGCAGCCAGCAAACUUUGCUCCCGACUUAGAGUUGUCCUUAUCAGAGCUUGCUGCUCUGGACAUGUGCCAAAAGAGGGCCAUAUUUAAGCCAAUGACAACAGAAGAACGCCAAGAGUUGAAGCAAAGAUGCGGGGGCUCGUGGAAACUGGUCCUGCGGUUUUUGCUGGCUGGAGAAGCAUGUUGCAGGAGGGAGAAAUCCCAGGCAAUAGCAGGGCCUGGUCAUAGUAUUGCUGUGACGUCAAGCGGAGUUGUAUACUCAUUCGGCUCCAACAAUUCAGGACAGCUUGGACAUGGCACCACUGAAGAGGAAUGGCGGCCUCAGCCAAUCAGAUCCUUGCAAGGCAUACGGAUUAUCCAAGCAGCUGCUGGGGCUGGCAGGACAAUGCUGAUCAGUGAUGCAGGACAGGUUUAUGCCUUUGGAAAGGACUCCUUUGGCGAAGCCGAGUAUGGAGUUCAAGGAGCUAAAUUGGUUACAACUCCACAGCUGGUUGAAUCUUUGAAAAACAUAUAUGUGGUCCAAGCUGCAAUUGGAAAUUUCUUCACGGCUGUCCUGUCUAGAGAAGGCAGGGUUUAUACAUUUUCCUGGGGCAACGAUUCCAGACUUGGUCACCAGACUGACCCAAAUGAUUUGGAGCCUCAUCCUUUGUUGGGGGCACUAGAAAACAUACCAGUCGUACAAAUAGCAGCUGGAUACUGCUAUCUUCUUGCUCUAGCUUGUCAACCUAGUGGCAUGUCUGUUUACUCUGUUGGGUGCGGCUUGGGUGGGAAGCUUGGACAUGGUUCAAGAACAGAUGAGAAGAACCCCCGAUUGAUUGAACAGUUUCAGGUUUUGAACCUUCAGCCCAUGGUGGUUGCAGCUGGUGCUUGGCAUGCCGCUGUGGUUGGCCAGGAUGGACGGGUCUGCACAUGGGGUUGGGGGCGUUAUGGUUGCUUAGGUCAUGGGAAUGAAGAGUGUGAAUCAGUUCCUAAGGUUGUGGAAGCCCUGGGCAAGGUGAAAGCAGUGCAUGUUGCUACAGGGGAUUACACAACCUUUGUGGUGUCUGAUGAUGGUGAUGUGUACUCAUUUGGCUGUGGAGAAUCCUCCAGUCUCGGACAUAAUACCGGUGCUGAUGGACAGGGGAACAGGCAUGCAAAUUUAUUAAGUCCAGAGCUUGUAACAUCUUUGAAGCAAGUUAAUGAGCGUGUAGUACAGAUCAGCCUCACCAAUUCCAUAUAUUGGAAUGCUCACACCUUUGCCCUUACUAAAUCAGGGAAGCUAUAUGCAUUUGGUGCUGGAGAUAAAGGGCAGCUAGGCAUAGAGCUUGUUGCCAACCAGACCGAAAGGGGAUACCCGGAGCUGGUUGAUAUCGAUCUCAGCUAGCCCUUUAUAGCUUUUACCUCCCAUUUAUCAUCUUCCAAUUUAUCAUCAUCAUGCAUCAUGCAUUGCAUUUGGUGUUGAAAUUUCCUUGUUUAUGCUGUAAAUAGAAUCAAAGAAAAAAAAAAAUUGUUAAGGUUCAUGCCUAGUUAACAGAGGCCUAAGCUAACAUUAUGUGGUUGUUGAUAUCUAAAAGACCUUGGCUUGCACAUUUGGCCUCAGGUAGUCUUUGGUUGAAUCAUGAACACUCCAAUCCCCCGGUGGGAAUAUGAAUAGCUCACAUUGAGCUGAUCUGAUCGUUUAUUUAAAAA